UCAGAGUCCAUAAUAAUACUGCAAAUGUCCUGGUCAGUGUGCGUCAGUCAGAGAAUAAGCUGGCUCUGAGUGAGGGGAGAAAGAGAGAGUUUGUUACUGAGGGAAUAAUUCAUUCUGCACAAGGAAACACUCAAUAAAGACUCUGACAGAGAGGACAGUCAUGGGAAUACAGAAGCCAGAGAUUCACCCGUAAACAGCAAAAGACGCUCUCCCCCCUCAGAUAGACCUCCCUUUGGCCCUCAUCUAAGUACACACCACAGCAUCUCUGCUGAUGAACAGGACAGCCCAGAGCGAAUUGUUCAGAAGGAAAAACUCCAUGCAGAACUGAAACAAGUUCUGAGUCAGAAGAGAAGCCAGCUUAGAGACACCCAAUCCACAGACAUGGAGGAUCCCUCCAACACAGACAAUAAGAAUGAGGCGGAAAAGGAUAACCAGUUGUCAGAGCUCGUGGAAGUGGUUGUUGAAACACAGGCUGAAGUUGGAGCUAGUGGGUACAGUGUGGUGGGUGGAGGGGAGCGUGGCAUCUUCAUCAAAGAAGUCUUGAAAGACUCCCCAGCAGCGAAGCACCUCAGCCUACAGAAAGGAGAUCAACUGCUAAGUGCCAGGGUGUAUUUUGAUAACGUGAAAUAUGAGGACGCAUUAAAAAUUCUUCAGUGUGCAGAACCCUACAAAGUGUCCUUCUUUUUGAAGAGGACUGUGCCAGGAAGUGAAGUCAGCAUACGUCCAGGUGCACAAAAUCUUGAGCUCAGAGGACCUAAGGCCAAGAUGCAAAGAAUGAGCGUCAAAAGUGUGAAACCGUUCAAAGCCAAGAAAAGGAGAGGAGGAAGAUUUGGAUUGAAAAGACUAAAAGAGAACAAAAAAGCAAGAGCACGGGCAGAGCUGGACAUUGAGGGCUCACCAGGCAGAUCAGACCUCAGUCCAGUUGAUGUUGAGUUUGUGUUCCCAAAGUUCAAGAUGAGGAAAGAUGGGAAGGCCACUGCAGAUGUAUCAGGACAUCUGGAGGGCGCGAUCGCUAGUAGCAAGAAGAAGAGGAAGACCAGAUUUCCAAAAAUAAAAGCCUCAGACACUGCUGCCGAUGAAGGGAAUGUCAGUGUAGAUGUUGCAACACAUGAGGGAGAGGCCUCAGGAGCAAAGCUAAAGGUCAAGGCGAAAGGUCCAAAAUUUGGAAUGAAUUUCCCCAAAUUGAAAAAGUCAAAAUUAGAUGUACAAUCUUCAAAUGACAGUUUCGAGGUGAAAGACUUAGAAGCCAAAAUUAAGCCUCCGUUAGUAGAGUGCGAUUUGAACGUGCCUCAGGGCAAAGCUGAAACUAAAGUUCCUAAUCUUGAGGUUAGUGUUAAAGGAAAAGGAGAGGGUCCUGAGAUAAAAAUGCCAAAAAUGAAUUUGGAUGUCUCAGAUACAAAGAUAACAAUCCCAAAGUUUAAACUACCAAAGGUAAGACUUUCUUGUCAUUCAGAUGAAAUUGAUGGAGAGGCAAGUAAACAAAACGAUACAUAUGAAAAUAAAAUGAAAAUGUCUAAGAUUGACAUCAAAGCACCAAAUGUGGAUUUGGACUUGAAUCUCUCAAAAACUAAGAGCACGGAUGAAUCCAAAGAUGCUGAAAGAAUCAACACGGCCAAACUUGACAUAUCAUUACCAAAGCUAAACCUUGAUGCAAAACAAAAAUUUGGAGAUGACAUUGAUGGAUCCAUGGUCAAAGAGCAUAUGAUUUCUCUCCCCAAACUUGACAUUGCAGUUCCCAAGAUAGAGACAUCAGAUGUGGACAUUGAUCUUCCUACAUUAGAUGUGUCAUUACCAAAGAUGGCUGCAAAAAACAUUGAUACUGAGGGACAUGCAAGUACAGGGGUAAAAUCUGAAGUGACAAAAUUAGACAUCUCUCUUCCAAAAAUAACAUCCCCUGAGGGUGAAGUCAUGGUUGAAGAACCUGGAGCAAAAAUUGGAAAAUUUCACAAGCCAAAUAUCAGUAUUUCAUUACUAAAAGGUAAAGCAGAGGGAAAAGUGGAAGGUCAUACUGAGAAAGGAGCAAAUGUCGACAUAUCUUUGCCAGAGGGGGGUGCAGAUAUUGAGGGCCAUUUUGGAAAAGGGGAAAGGUUUAAAAUGCCUAGCGUAGGUGUCUCCCUACCUAAUGUAAAAUUACCUGAGCCAUCAAUUGAUAUUUCACUCCCUAAAGGAAAAACAGAGGGAAAUGUUGAGGUUGGAGAACCAUCUGGGAAAGGAGGCAAAUUCAAAAUGCCACAUCUAGAUGUUUCGCUUCCAAAAAUGAAAUUAUCCACAGGUGAAAUCAAUACUGAGGACCCAGAGGUCAAAGGUGAGAAAUUCCAAAUGCCAUCCGUUGAUAUAUCAUUACCAAAAGGAAAAGUAGAGGCUGGUGUUGAGGUCGAGGGUCAUUCUGGAAAAGGGGAAAUGCCCAAAAUUGAUCUGAAAAUGUCAUUGCCAGAGGGUAAAAUUUCUGAAAGUCAUGAUGUAAGCAUUUCUGGAGUUGAUAUUUCAUUACCAAAAGGAAAAACACAUGAACACAUUAAUCUUGAGGUUGAGAAUGGAGAUAAGUUUCAAAUUCCUAAAUUUGAUGUAAGUCUACCUAAACUCAAAUCAGGAGAAAGUGACUUUGAUGUUAAAACACCCAAUACCAAAGUUGGAAAGUUUCACAUGCCAGAAAUCGAUAUUUCAUUGCCACAUAAAAAAGAAGGAAGAGAUAUUAAUGUGGAACCCUCUGGUAAAUGUGGAAGGGUUGAAAUACCAAAUGUUGAUAUCUCUCUGCCUGCAGUGAAAGCUUCUGGUGUUGAGAUUUCCUUGCCAAAAAUGAAGUCAUCACAGGGUGACAUUAGUAUUGAAGAGUCUGACAGCAAAAGAUUCAACGUGCCAUCUGUUGAUAUAUCAUUUCCAAAAGUAACAGGCACAAGUGAUGUAGAUGUCAAGAGACAUUCUGGAAAAAUGGGAAAAUUUGAUAUGCCAAAACUGGAUAUUUCCUUACCCAAAAUUGAAUCAACUGAAGGAGAACUCAGCAUGGAAGAACCUGAAUUCAAAGGUGGCAAAUUACAUAUGCCUUCCUAUAAUAUCUCCUCAGCACAGGUUAAAGCAGAGGGUGAUGUUUGUCUCAAGGGAGAAACCAAAAAGGGGACAAAAUUUAAAAUGCCAAAAUUGGACAUUAACUUACCACAAAUGAAAUCAACAGGGACUGAAAUCAAUAUUGAAGGACCUGAAGUGAAGGGUGAAAAGAUAGAUGUGCCAGAUGUUGACAUUUCUCUUCCACAAGGAAAAGUAAAGGGAGAUGGCACUGUUAAUGUGAGUACUGUUAAUGUUGCUAUGCCCUCUGUUUCAAUUUCAUUGCCGAAAUCAACAAAUGAAAGAGACAAAAAUGUCAAUAGUCAUGUCAAAAAGGGAGGAAAGUUUCACAUGCCCAAAUUAGAUUUUUCACUUCCAAGGAUUAAAUCAAGACCAGUGGAAGUCAAUGUUGAAGGACCUGAGUUAAAAGGAAGCACAGUUCACACACCCUCCAUUGACAUUUCUUUGCCUAAAGAUAAAACUGAGAAAAACUUUGAUAUGGAAGGUCAUUCUGGAACAGAUAUAAAGUUUGAAAUGCCAAAAAUUGAUAUUUCGCUGCCAAAAGUAACAGCCCCAGAGGGAGAAAUGAGAGCUGAAGAUCCUCAGAUACACAGAGGAAAGUUAAAUAUGCCAUCAGUUGAAAUCUCCUUUCCAAAAGGGAAGGUGAAAGGACACACUGACCUUGAAGGCAAAACUACAGGGGCAAGUAAACUUAAGUUGCCUAAAUUUGAUAUUAGCUCAGCUAAAAUGAAGUCUUCAGAGGGGGAAAUCAAUAUAGAAGCAACUGAUAUCCAAGGUGGAAAGUUUCACAUGCCCUCUAUAGAUAUCUCUCUGCCAGGAGGAGGAGCAGGAGGAGAUGUAGAUGUUGAAGGACAUGCAGGAAAAGGAGGAAAAUUUGAAAUGCCUAAAGUUGAUGUGUCCUUGCCCAAAUUAAAACCAUCAGAAGGUGAAAUCAAUGUUGAAGGUCCUGAUAUCAAAGGUGGAAAGUUUCACAUGCCCUCUAUAGAUAUCUCUCUGCCGGGUGGAGGAGCAGGAGGAGAUGUAGAUGUUGAAGGACAUGCAGGAAAAGGAAGAAAAUUUGAAAUGCCCAAAUUUGAUGUGUCCUUGCCUAAAUUAAAAUCUUCAGGGGGUGAAAUCGACGUUGAAGGUCCAGAUAUCAAAGGUGGAAAGUUUCACAUGCCCUCUAUAGAUAUCUCUCUGCCAGGAGGAGGAGCAGGAGGAGAUGUAGAUGCUGAAGGACAUGCAGGAAAAGGAGGAAAAUUGAAAAUGCCUAAAGUUGAUGUGUCCUUGCCUAAAUUAAAACCAUCAGGAGGUGAAAUCGACAUUGAAGGUCCCAAUAUCAAAGGUGGAAAGUUUCACAUGCCCUCUAUAGAUAUCUCUCUGCCAGGAGGAGGAGCAGGAGGAGGUGUAGAUGUUGAAGGACAUGCAGGAAAAGGAGGAAAAUUGAAAAUGCCUAAAGUUGAUGUGUCCUUGCCUACAUUAAAACCAUCAGGUGGUGAAAUUGAUGUUGAGGGUCCCGAUAUCAAAGGUGGAAAGUUUCACAUGCCCUCUAUAGAUAUCUCUCUGCCAGGAGGAGGAGCAGGAGGAGAUGUAGAUGUUGAAGGACAUGUAGGAAAAGGAAGAAAAUUUGAAAUGCCUAAAUUUGAUGUGUCCUUGCCUAAGUUAAAACCAUCAGGGGGUGAAAUCGACAUUGAAGGUCCCGAUAUCAAAGGUGGAAAGUUUCACAUGCCCUCUAUUGAUAUCUCUCUGCCAGGAGGAGGAGCAGGAGCAAAUGUAGAUGUUGAAGGACAUACAGGAAAAGGAGGAAAAUUUAAAAUCCCUAAAGUCGAUGUGUCCUUGCCUAAAUUAAAAUCUUCAGGGGGUGAAAUCGACGUUGAAGGUCCAGAUAUCAAAGGUGGAAAGUUUCACAUGCCCUCUAUAGAUAUCUCUCUGCCAAGAGGAGGAGCAGGAGGAGAUGUAGAUGUUGAAGGACCUACAGGAAAAGGAGGAAAAUUGAAAAUGGCUAAAGUUGAUGUGUCCUUGCCUAAAUUAAAACCAUCAGGUGGUGAAAUUGAUGUUGAGGGUCCCGAUAUCAAAGGUGGAAAGUUUCAAAUGCCCUCUAUAGAUAUCUCUCUGCCAGGAGGAGGAGCAGGGGGAGAUGUAGAUGUUGAAGGACAUGCAGGAAAAGGAAGAAAAUUUGAAAUGCCUAAAUUUGAUGUGUCCUUGCCUAAAUUAAAAUCUUCAGGGGGUGAAAUCGACGUUGAAGGUCCCGAUAUCAAAGGUGGAAAGUUUCACAUGCCCUCUAUAGAUAUCUCUCUGCCAGGAGGAGGAACAGGAGGAGAUGUAGAUGUUGAAGGACCUACAGGAAAAGGAGGAAAAUUGAAAAUGCCUAAAGUUGAUGUGUCCUUGCCUAAAUUAAAACCAUCAGGUGGUGAAAUUGAUGUUGAGGGUCCCGAUAUCAAAGGUGGAAAGUUUCAAAUGCCCUCUAUAGAUAUAUCUCUGCCAGGAGGAGGAGCAGGGGGAGAUGUAGAUGUUGAAGGACAUGCAGGAAAAGGAAGAAAAUUUAAAAUGCCUAAAUUUGAUGUGUCCUUGCCUAAGUUAAAACCAUCAGGGGGUGAAAUCGACAUUGAAGGUCCCGAUAUCAAAGGUGGAAAGUUUCACAUGCCCUCUAUUGAUAUCUCUCUGCCAGGAGGAGGAGCAGGAGCAGAUGUAGAUGUUGAAGGACAUACAGGAAAAGGAGGAAAAUUUAAAAUCCCUAAAGUCGAUGUGUCCUUGCCUAAAUUAAAACCAUCAGGAGGUGAAAUCGACAUUGAAGGUCCCGAUAUCAAAGGUGGAAAGUUUCACAUGCCCUCUGUAGAUAUCUCACUGCCAGAAGGAGGAGCAGGAGGAGAUGUAGAUGUUGAAGGACAUGCAGGAAAAGGAGGAAAAUUGAAAAUGCCUAAAUUUGAUGUGUCAUUGCCUAAAUUAAAACCAUCAGGGGGGGAAAUCGACAUUGAAGGUCCCGAUAUCAAAGGUGGAAAGUUUCACAUGCCCUCUGUAGAUAUCUCACUGCCAGGAAGAGGAGCAGGAGGAGAUGUAGAUGUUGAAGGACAUGCAGGAAAAGGAAGAAAAUUUGAAAUGCCUAAAUUUGAUGUGUCCUUGCCUAAAUUAAAACCAUCAGGAGGUGAAAUCGACAUUGAAGGUCCCGAUAUCAAAGGUGGAAAGUUUCACAUGCCCUCUGUAGAUAUCUCACUGCCAGGAGGAGGAGCAGGAGGAGAUGUAGAUGUUGAAGGACAUGCAGGAAAAGGAGGAAAAUUGAAAAUGCCUAAAUUUGAUGUGUCAUUGCCUAAAUUAAAACCAUCAGGGGGGGAAAUCGACAUUGAAGGUCCCGAUAUCAAAGGUGGAAAGUUUCACAUGCCCUCUGUAGAUAUCUCACUGCCAGGAAGAGGAGCAGGAGGAGAUGUAGAUGUUGAAGGACAUGCAGGAAAAGGAAGAAAAUUUGAAAUACCUAAAUUUGAUGUGUCCUUGCCUAAAUUAAAACCAUCAGGAGGUGAAAUCGACAUUGAAGGUCCCGAUAUCAAAGGUGGAAAGUUUCACAUGCCCUCUGUAGAUAUCUCACUGCCAGGAGGAGGAGCAGGAGGAGAUGUAGAUGUUGAAGGACAUGCAGGAAAAGGAGGAAAAUUGAAAAUGCCUAAAUUUGAUGUGUCCUUGCCUAAAUUAAAACCAUCAGGGGGGGAAAUCGACAUUGAAGGUCCCGAUAUCAAAGGUGGAAAGUUUCACAUGCCCUCUAUUGAUAUCUCUCUGCCAGAAGGAGGAGCAGGAGCAGAUGUAGAUGUUGAAGGACAUACAGGAAAAGGAGGAAAAUUUAAAAUCCCUAAAGUCGAUGUGUCCUUGCCUAAAUUAAAACCAUCAGGAGGUGAAAUCAACAUUGAAGGUCCCGAUAUCAAAGGUCGAAAGUUUCACAUGCCCUCUAUAGAUAUCUCUCUGCCAAGAGGAGGAGCAGGAGGAGAUGUAGAUGUUGAAGGACAUACAGGAAAAGGAGGAAAAUUGAAAAUGCCUAAAGUUGAUGUGUCCUUGCCUAAAUUAAAACCAUCAGGUGGUGAAAUUGAUGUUGAGGGUUCAGAUAUCAAAGGUGGAAAGUUUCAAAUGCCCUCUAUAGAUAUCUCUCUGCCAGGAGGAGGAGCAGGAGGAGAUGUAGAUGUUGAAGGACAUGCAGGAAAAGGAAGAAAAUUUGAAAUGCCUAAAUUUGAUGUGUCCUUGCCUAAAUUAAAACCAUCAGGAGGUGAAAUCGACAUUGAAGGUCCCGAUAUCAAAGGUGGAAAGUUUUACAUGCCCUCUAUAGAUAUUUCACUGCCAGGAGGAGGAGCAGGAGGAGAUGUAGAUGUUGAAGGACAUGCAGGAAAAGGAGGAAAAUUGAAAAUGCCUAAAUUUGAUGUGUCCUUGCCUAAACUAAAACCAUCAGAGGGGGAAAUCGACAUUGAAGGUCCAGAUAUCAAAGGUGGAAAGUUUCACAUGCCCUCUAUUGAUAUCUCUCUGCCAGGAGGAGGAACAGGAGCCGAUGUAGAUGUUGAAGAACAUACAGGAAAAGGAGGAAAAUUUAAAAUCCCUAAAGUCGAUGUGUCCUUGCCUGAAUUAAAACCAUCAGGAGGUGAAAUCAAUGUUGAAGGUCCCGAUAUCAAAAGUGGAAAGUUUCACAUGCCCUCUAUAGAUUUAUCUCUGCCAGGAGGAGGAGCAGGAGGAGAUGUAGAUGUUGAAGGACAUGCAGGAAAAGGAAGAAAAUUUGAAAUGCCUAAAUUUGAUGUGUCCUUGCCUAAAUUAAAACCAUCAGGAGGUGAAAUCGACAUUGAAGGUCCCGAUAUCAAAGGUGGAAAGUUUCACAUGCCCUCUGUAGAUAUCUCACUGCCAGGAGGAGGAGCAGGAGGAGAUGUAGAUGUUGAAGGACAUGCAGGAAAAGGAGGAAAAUUGAAAAUGCCUAAAGUUGAUGUGUCCUUGCCUAAGUUAAAACCAUCAGGGGGUGAAAUUGACAUUGAAGGUCCCGAUAUCAAAGGUGGAAAGUUUCACAUGCCCUCUAUUGAUAUCUCUCUGCCAGGAGGAGGAGCAGGAGGAGAUGUAGAUGUUGAAGGACAAGCAGGAAAAGGAGGAAAAUUGAAAAUGCCUAAAGUUGACGUGUCCUUGCCUAAGUUAAAACCAUCAGGGGGUGAAAUUGACAUUGAAGGUCCCGAUAUCAAAGGUGGAAAGUUUCACAUGCCCUCUAUAGAUUUCUCUCUGCCAGGAAGAGGAGCAGGAGGAGAUGUAGAUGUUGAAGGACAUGCAGGAAAAGGAAGAAAAUUUGAAAUGCCUAAAUUUGAUGUGUCCUUGCCUAAAUUAAAACCAUCAGGAGGUGAAAUCGACAUUGAAGGUCCCGAUAUCAAAGGUGGAAAGUUUCACAUGCCCUCUGUAGAUAUCUCACUGCCAGGAGGAGGAGCAGGAGGAGAUGCAGAUGUUGAAGGACAUGCAGGAAAAGGUGGAAAAUUGAAAAUGCCUAAAGUUGAUGUGUCCUUGCCUAAACUAAAACCAUCAGGGGGUGAAAUUGAUGUUGAAGGUCCCGAUAUCAAAGGUGGAAAGUUUCACAUGCCCUCUAUAGAUAUUUCUCUGCCAGGAGGAGGAGCAAGAGGAGAUGUAGAUGUUGAAGGACAUGCAGGAAAAGGAAGAAAAUUUGAAAUGCCGAAAUUUGAUGUGUCAUUGCCUAAAUUCAAAUCUUCAAGGGGUGAAAUCGAUAUUGAAGGUCCCGAUAUCAAAGGUGGAAAGUUACACAUGCCCUCUAUAGAUAUCUCUCUGCCAAGAGGAGGAGCAGGAGGAGAUGUAGAUGUUGAAGGACAUGCAGGAAAAGGAGGAAAAUUUGAAAUGCCUAAAGUUGAUGUGUCCUUGCCUAAAUUAAAACCAUCAGGAGGUGAAAUCAAUGUUGAAGGUCCCGAUAUCAAAGGUGGAAAGUUUCACAUGCCCUCUAUAGAUAUCUCUCUGCCAGGAGGAGGAGCAGGAAGAGAUGUAGAUGUUGAAGGACAUGCAGGAAAAGGAGGAAAAUUUGAAAUGCCUAAAUUUGAUGUGUCAUUGCCUAAAUUAAAACCAUCAGGAGGUGAAAUCAAUGUUGAAGGUCCCGAUAUCAAAGGUGGAAAGUUUCACAUGCCCUCUAUAGAUAUCUCUCUGCCAGGAGGAGGAGCAGGAGGUGGUGUAGAUGUUGAAGGACAUGCAGGAAAAGGAAGAAAAUUUGAAAUGCCUAAAGUUGAUGUGUCCUUGCCCAAAUUAAAACCAUCAGGGGGUGAAAUCAACAUUGAAGGUCCCGAUAUCAAAGGUGGAAAGAUUCACAUGCCCUCUAUUGAUAUCUCUCUGCCAGGAACCACAGAGGGAGGGCUUGAUCUGGAUGAUGAUACUAAAAAAGGUUUAAGAUUUCACGUGCCCACUGUUGAUAUCUCUCUCCCAAAAAUGAAACUUACAGAGCGUGAACUCAAAGUUGGGUCAGAGAAGAAAGACAAAGACAUUUCAGUACCUAAAAUGACCUAUGAUUCUGAUGCUAAGACCAAAGCUACUGGUGCCAAAAUGAGUGACUUAAAUGUCCCUGAGACCACUUUAGGUGGUAACAUCAAGCUGCCAACAGUGAAAAUCCCAACUGUUGACAUAUCUGCUCCUAAAGUUGACCUGGGCUUUAGUCUUCCAAAGGCAAAGGGCAGUGAUAGAGAAAAUAUUGAACUUCUUAAGGCAGAGGGUGGAAGACCCUCAUCUGGGGCAAGUUUUGAUGUUCCAGACGUCUCUGUAAAAAUGCCCAAAAUUUCAUUCCCUAAAUUUGGCAGAAAAUUGAAAAGUGGAGACAAACUAGAACUAGAGAGUCCAGGCUUAUCUGUAGAUUUGGACUUGGAAAAAACAUCACCAUCAGUGGAAACAGAUGCCAAAAUGAAUAAGUCCAAAAUCAAAAUGCCAUCUAUUGGAGCAUCUAAAAAGGAUAUUAAAAUAAUUGGCCCUGAAGCUGAAAUGAAGAUAAAGGCAGGCUCUGGAGAAAUUACAAAACCAGAAAUCAGAGUGGAAGGUCCUGAUGACAAGGUCAGAUACAAGCUCAAAUUCCCCAAAUUCAAGACAACUACUCCAAAAGCAAAACUCAAAGAUGUAGAAAUGGAUAUGCCUGCAGUGGAUAACAAAGGAAAGGUCAAAAUGCCAGCAGUUGAGAUAUCACUGCCAACAUCAAAUAUUCCAGAAUGUGAGGUAUUGCUUCCAAAAACUGAGGUUGAUGUAUCUGAAGCAGAUAUCAGAGGUUAUGAGGGCAGUUUAAAAAUUCCUAAGAUGCCAACUAUUGACAUAUCAGUUCCAAAAGUUGAUUUAGAUGUUUCCUUGCCUAGGUUAAAACUUCAUGAACCAAUGGAGUCAAACACUUCUGACUUAAACAUUGAUAGUAGUAGAGGUAUAGUAAAUUUCCCCCAUGUUAAAAUCCCUAAAGUAGACCUUUCACUUCCACAUGGAAAAACAGGUGACACAGGUAACCAUGAGGUGGAUAUUGGAAGGAGGGGUAAAUUAAGAAUGCCAGAAGUGGAAAUAUCGUUACCUCAUGUGAAAAAUGACACAUCUAAUGCUGACAUUGAAAUUAAAGGUGAAAAACUAAAAAUGCCAAAAAUUUCAGUGCCUAAUGUUGAUAUAUCUUUGCCUCAUGGAAAAACAAAGGAAACUGAUGAUCCUGAUUCAGAAUUUGGAGCUAAAGGAGGUAAAUUAAAAAUGCCAGACAUCACAGUGCCUAAGAUAGAUUUAUCGCUGCCUCAUGGAAGCAAAGGAGAAAGUCAUGCGCCAGAUUCAGAACUAGAAGGUGGAAAAUUAAAGAUGCCAACAGUUGAUAUAUCCCUUCCUAAAAUAAAAUCUAAAGGCGUUGCUCCAGAAAUUCAGCCUGGUGAAGGAAAAGGUAAAGUCAUGAUCCCUGGAAUUAAACUACCAACAGUAGAUAUCUCAUUACCUCAUGGUAAAAUAGAAGACAGUGAUACUCUUGAACAGGGAGCAUGUGGCAAAGAAGGGAAAUUCAAGGUGCCUAAUAUCAAAAUUCCAAAAGUAGAUAUAUCAUUAGAAGGACAACAAGAGGAUACAGAAAAAACAGAGGUCAGAAAACAAGGUGGCAACUUUCAGUUACCGAAAAUAACAAUGCCUAAAGUGGAUAUAUCAUUACCCUAUGGCAAAACAGGGCGACACUGAGGCUUCAGGAUCUGUGGAAGUAGAAGGUGGACAAUGUAAAAUGCCUGAUAUUAAGAUACCACAGGUAGACAUUUCAUUACCAGAAGGUAAAACUGUUGAAUUUGAUACUAAAGAAGUAGAAUCUGGAAGAGGGGGUGGAA